UGUUUCUUUAAUGUUGCUCACAAGACGCCGCUUAGUUUACUUUGUCAUUGCCACAGUCAUUAUUAUUAUAGUUAGUAAGAUUUAGGAACAUGUUGUAAGGUAUGCACACGUGUAAAAUGUGCAUGGGAUACAUUUAUUAUAAUUUAAUUUGUGUUGUUUUUAAUGUCUUAGUGAGCAGUAAGAGAACCCUCAUUUAGCUAACUGCCCUAUUAGCUUGCUAAGGCUAGCUACUCAGUAAGGACAUUUCAUGUGGGCUGUAGCUGACUGCUGCCAGGAAUAGAACCAGCCAUGAAUAGAACUCUGUGUACUUCAGUGCUGUUGUCAAGGGCUUUGUGCAUUUAUAUUUCGAAAGUUCCACGGCCCCAUUCUACUUGCUCAGUUGGCCGAGGAAUCCCUGUCGUCUCUUUGUCCCUCUCCCGGUUUCACUCUACAAACGUCAAGGUUCGUUCCUACCUACAGUACAUGAAGCGGAAGAUCAAGCCCCCGCCAAAUCCACCAUAUCCCAAUGUCUGCCAGGUGGGUGAUCCGGUGCUGCGAGCCAAGGCUGCCCUGGUGGACCCAGGUUCAGUGCUGGGUCCGGAGGUUCAGGAGGUGAUCCGCACCAUGGUUAAGGUGAUGCGGAAGUUUGACUGUGUGGGACUGAGUGCGCCUCAAGUUGGAGUGCCACUCCGUAUCUUAGCGCUGGAGUUCCCAGAGCGUAUGUUGGAGGACUGCUUGCCUGCUGCACGUGAAGCCCGCGGCCUCAUCACUGUACCCCUAAAGAUCUUUAUCAACCCCCAGCUUCGUGUCCUGGAUGGGCGCACGGUUAAGUUCCAGGAGGCAUGUGAAAGCCUCUGGUUCUCAGCCUCUGUUCCACGCUACCUCUCUGUGGAAGUCUCAGGUCUGAAUGAGAAAGCGGAGUCUGUGACCUGGCAGGUGAGCGGCUGGCCCGCACGCAUCCUACAGCAUGAGAUGGAUCACUUGGAUGGAGUCCUGUAUAUAGACCGCAUGGACAGUAAAACCUUUAUCAACGUCAACUGGGCAGCACAGAACGAGUAGCAGUUUAAACCCUAGUCACCCUGACUAACCCAGAUUACCAAGUAGACUUCUUGGACCAAACAUGGCACCAGAUCAUAAGUAUAACCCCAAAACAUUUUUUUUCUUUAAACUGUUCUUUAUAAUAAAUUGUAUUUAUGAAA